UUGCCCAACAAAAAGCAAGAGAUUUAAAUGAUCUCAAGUAGAAAGUGGGAAUGAUUGACAGUUCUUAUUUUUAGCAUUAUAUCAUUCCCAUGAACAAGCCAUAAAAACAAGCAUCCACAAAACUUUCUUCUGCUUUUUUUUUAUUUGUUUAAUGCUUGUUUCGUUCUUGCUUUUUUUCAGUUUAACUCUAGAGGAGAUUAGUGUGUGUGAAGGAGCUGCAUAUAUUAGAAAAUGAAAGAUUGGGCUGCUCCCUUCGUAGCUGCAGCACUGUUUGCAUUUAUAUCACCAGGGGUAAUCCUGCAAAUCCCAGGGAAGAAUCAACCCAUCGGUUUUAUGAACAUGAAAACAAGUGUGGCUGCCAUUUUUGUGCAUGCUGUUCUCUAUGCUUUGUUCCUCAUCCUGUUCCUUGUUGUUCUUCAUAUCCACCUCUAUGUCUAACAACAAAGGCACUCUCUCUAUCUAACAAGAUUAGAUUUUCAUUUUGUAUUAUCAUGUUUUCUGCUCCCAUGAAGAAGAAUUUGCUACUGUUAUUUAGCUUUUGUUGUUUUUUCACAUUGCUUCUAUGUUAUUCAGACUUGGUUAUGAUCAUUGCAGCUAUUUUCUACUAACGGUAAA